CCAAAUAGAAAAAUAUCCGGUGUUACUGUCACUGUUCUGUACUAUAGUAAAUCUAGACUAUGUGGUGCUCUUGAAUCUUUUAAAAAAUGUUUACCACUGGGGUUGUACUUUAAAUAUACGAUAGAAAAUGGAAGGUGAUGUAUUAGGAGUGCGGAUAAUACCGCCAGUUGUUCAAUUUUUCAAUACUAAACCAUACACUCGUUUUGAGAUUCCGAUUACUGUGCGCAACGUUAGUACGUCGAGCAAAAACAUAAGAUACUAUGGACCCAAAUCAGAGCUACAGUAUGCACACAGUGGACCUGUAGACUUCUUUCCAUUUUUUAUGUUGAAAGUAAAAAAUCCAGAAGAGCCAGUUGCGCCAGGGUUAUCUGUGUCAGGCGUGGUUGUUUAUGAGUCAGCAGUAGACUGUGAAAAUAGUGACAAAAUUGUGAUAACAGUGGAUGGAAAUGUCAUUGAAGUACCUUUAUUCGCGUAUCCAACUCAGCCAAUGCUGGACAUUGAGGAUGAAGUUGACUUUGGUACCCUUGUUGCCAACUGUAAGGUUGUUUCCAAAGAUAUAACCCUCAUCAAUAAAGGUUCUAAAAGUGGAGAUUUUGAGUUCACAUAUGAAGGAAACAAUCCUCUUUUGUUUAUUCCCAUGUCAGGAUCAGUUCCACCAAACAGUGAAAUGAGAGUAAAGGUAGAGUAUGUCAUGAAAACUCCUGGAAAAUUCAAAGAAACUGUUGAUGUGGCUCUUGAAGGCAGAAGUAAAACUAAAGUUACCAUUAAAGGGUAUAUAACUGAGAGGACCCUGGAACUCCUGUCUAUAAAAGAGGAUGGCACCAGAGUAGACUGCAUCCAUUUUGGCAACACAUAUUAUGGUACAGAGCAGACACAGUGUGCAGUUUUAUACAACAAUGGGCCUGAACCAAUCAGCUUUGUUGCUGUGUUAAAUGAGAAUGCACUUGCUGAGGAAUCUGGAGUUGACCUGACCCAGUCCACAACACUGGCUCUGGCCAAAGAAGCAAAUGACACAAAAAAUACUGGCCACACUAAUGACAUCAUUUCCCUGGUAACAGCUAUUCCUAAUCAAGGAAUUCUGAAGCCUUAUCAGAAGGUUCCUAUUUAUUUUAAAUUUUCACCCAGAUGGUAUCCAUCUAGUCAAGGCUGGAAAAAUUUCAUGUGUCCCCCACCAAGAAAGGAUUUCGCGCUGUACAUGAAGAUCAUGAUUAUUGGUGCCAGUGAGGGGUUUAUUAAAAAUGAUGAAUUCAGCCCUUCUGAAAAAGACUCACAACUAGAGAUUGCAAUGACUGGAACCGCUCUGCCAGUUUUGUUAAACAUCUACCCAACUGCCAAGUUGGACUUUGGAGAAUGUCCAAUAAAUGAGCAUGCAGAUAUUUUGUGCACAGUUAAAAACGAGUCGAAAAUUCUUCCUGUGCUGUUUGAGUUUAAACGAGUUGCUCACUUCACUUCCCAUCCUCCUAAUGGAAAAAUAUCACCUGGACAGACACAGGAUGUCAUCUUUUCAUUUGCACCUAAGCAAGCAGGUCACUUUAAACCAACCAUGCUGCUAGAGGUCAUAGGUCAAGUAGGUGAAACCAACAACCCACACUUUUACCACUCAGAAGUUAUCUACUCUUUACCUAUAAAACUAACAGGUUUUAGUAAUGUAGUGCGACAAGUUCCAAAACCCAGGUUUAACACAGGUAUAACUCCAUACAUUACAAAUGAAGUUGGACUGAACAUAGAAACUACUUUCAGUGACCUGAAAGAGCAGGAUUUAAGAAUAGCUGUAGGGGGCUCCACUAGAACCAAGCUCCAUAGACUGAAAAACAGAGCUAUAAAAUCUGCUGAUUGUGAUGAUAAAAUCAAAGUGGCUUUUCCAAAUGACAGAGCUCAGAGCAUUCGCUCAUUUGAUCGCAAUGAGCGUUAUAAAACAUUGUUCACUGGUGUUGAGCGGUACAACUACAUUGACCCAGACUAUGCCUUUGAUGACAUGGAGAUAGAGAUAAAAAAGAAAAAAGAGUUGAUGUUCUUGAAGGACAUAAACAAACUGCAGAGGAAACAGGAGAUCAGAAAGAUGAAAAGAGAGUUCCUUGAGACCAACAAUAAUAUGGAUAUUGGAAUUAAAAAUGGUGCUGGCAUAUACCCCAAAAAGUUGACAUUAGAAGACAUAAAAUCUGACCCACUGCCACCAGUUCAACCUAAUGCAGAGUGGAAGCUGCUUAGUACUAAAACACUAGCAGAACUGGAGAAAGAAGCUGUGUCUAAACCUGUGUGUGAAGGCUUAAAUGCCAUACCCAUCACUGAGCAGGAAAAGAAAGAUUGCAAUCGCUGGCUGACUCCUCAGCAACUACAUCAUGUGGUGAUUGGACCUCCAACAAUAGACUUUGGUGUGAUUUGUCUGCGCUCAGUGUGCCAGAAGGAACUGAAUAUUAUUAACAACCUUGACACAUACAUUCAUCUGGUUGCAGAGAUUGAUUGCAGAGAACUUAGACAGAGCAGUCCCCUGUCUCAAGUUGUUCCUCCACAUUCAAAAGCUGUCAUCCCCAUCAUAUUUGAAUCUAACACUCGAGGAAAAUUUCAGAGAUCUGUGCUGUACACAGUCAAUGGUUUCUUCAAGCAUCAUGUGACAGUCACUGCUGAAGUGGUUCCUGUGGCACUGGAGCUGUCCACAAACAAGCUUGUGUUGAAACCACAUCAGGGGAUGCCAGCAGAAGCAGGCUAUAGAAGUGUGAUAACUCUGUACAACAAACUCAACUUUCCUGCUGAGUUUACAUGGUCACCUGACCUAGGGGAGAAAGGGACAGCAUUUUCCAUCAGACCUAGCACUGGAGUUGUAGAACCUGGCUGUGACCUGGACUGUGAGGUUGUGUGGCACCCCUCCUACCUGGCCCCUGAGGAUGGCUCCUUCACCCUGCUGGUCAAUGGCGGGGAGUCUCGCAGCCUAUCCUGUAAAGCAGAGCUUUGCUUCAGCAAUGUAAAUUUCCUGGAUCAGAGAGUUUCCUUUGGUUCAGCUCCAGUGAACCUGACCUCUGUUGGCAUUGGAAUCCUGCACAACUCUGGCACCAACCACGCAUACUUCCAGGUCACUGACCCCAACCCUUUACCUGGCCUGACCAUCAGUCCCGUCCAUGGAGUUGUUCCUGUUGGUGGCAAUGCUGAGAUACGUGUGUCCCUGACCCCAGACUCAAUCAUCAAGUUUGACACGAGAAUUCAGGUUUCCAUCAAAGGUGGUAAAACUCUGGAGUUGAGGAUUGGGGGAAGUGUGGAGGCACCGUCUGUUAAAAUCAAUGCUGAGUCCUUUAACUUUGGUGGUGUUUACUGUGGAUCCUCUGCAUCAAUGACAUUUAGUUUAACCAAUAAGGGAAACAUAAAAUGUAAAAUAGAAAUUGAUUUAACAAAGUACAAAGAUUUUGCUAUAUCAUUUCCUGGAUAUCAGUCACAAGAGGACUACAACUUCCAGGCAUUAAAUCCUGGCAUGGUUUCUGUAUCAUUAGAACCUAUGGAGGAGAUUGAAGGGGAGCUAACCUUUACUCCUGUUCAGGUCGCAGCUUAUGAUUUUGUUCUCCCAAUGGUCAUUAACCGGCUAUCUGGUACAAAUCCAUCUCCUGCACCCUUCACAACACCUGCCCCCUCCAGCCGCGCCCAAAGUGGGGGCUGUGCAUCAUCAAGUAUGCACAUCAUCAACCCCAAGCCAGUUACCCCCACCAGUGACAUCCCAAGGAAACAUGUGAUAGCUACAGCACUGCGCCAGCCCUUACAACUUAGUGCCAAGAAAAUUGAGUUCUUGUUGCCAUUAAACUUCCAUGACAUCUCAACCAACAUAGCCAUGGGCUCCACAAAGGCUGUAGUUGUAGCCAAUGUGAGCAAUGAGGCCCUCACCUGGGGCUUUGACCUGAGUCAGCAAAACAAACACCUGGAGAACGGCACAUUCAAGUUCCUGCAUGAAAAAGGCCUGCCAUUUAUAGCGUUGACUGAGAGCCGAGGGAUUGAAGGAACUCUAGAGCCUGGCCAGUCCAAGACAAUUCUAAUUAACUUCUGCCCAGAAUCGGCAGGCCAGUAUCAGGUGACAAUACCAGUGGUCAUCAACUCAAACUGGAGCAAACCUUUCCAGUUCAUAGAAAUCUAUGGCGAGCUCAAGUCCCCCAAAAUGUGGUUCAACCCUCCAAAGCUGUUCUUUACUCCAGUACCCCUGGCCACUGAGGUCAGCAUUGACUUCACCAUCUUGGCCUCUAACUACAGGAGAAAAAAUAAAAUAAUUGUGACAUUUCCUGACAUCUUGGCUGAUGAUAAAACACCCAUCACACCACUGAAAGUUGAUUUUCCUCAAGGAAAUGAAAUAAUGCCAUGCAAUGGAAGUGAGGCGCAGGUUGAUCCAUGUGCUAUUCCAUGCAAGUUAACUUUUUCAAGUCCCCGUCCAGUAUCUUUCUGUCAAGAGGUUUUAUUUUCUGAUCAGGAUGGACUUGUGGAAACAAUCCAAGUGACAGCAACAGCAGACAACUGCCUCCUCACCUGCUACCCAUUCAUUGCCCUACAUCGCUCCGACCACCAGAUUGUCUGUGAACAGGGUACCUACCCCAAGGGUCGUAAGAUGCUAGGCAAAAAGAAGAGUGAGCUGUCAUCCUCGGUCAGCUCAGGCGAGGCUCACAUUGUGCCGUGCUUGUCCCCCACUCACUCCAGCCGCCCCAGCACCAGUGCCACCAGCUCCACCUUCCAGAUUUCAACAUCCAGCUACGAAUCCUCGUCUACAGCUUCAGGUUCCUUAACCCCAGCCCACAGAGAGGGCGCUCUCAACAAAAUAACCUUCAACUCUGAGUUGGGACUGGAGAUGAGCCUGGACAGGGCAAUGUCCGCCAUGUGCCCAGAUGAGAGUACAGAGGAGGGGCUGUUCCAUGCAGAGGUCCUGCAGGCUGCCCAGCGCUGGUUCGCAUCUCAGGGCUGGCCUGGUGGGCCGUAUCCCAUCUUGAUUCCAGAGACCUUGAGAAUAUCCAUCAGUAAAAAAACAGCGGCAGAGAAUUCAAAGAGUAAAGAGGAUUUGCAGUCAAAAACAAACAUCAAAGGAAAUAAGAAGCAGAAAGCUAAGACGGGAUUCAACAAAGUCUCCAAGACCAUCUAUGAUAUGAUAGGCUUUUUGAGCGGCAGACCUAUGCCAGGUAUUCCCAUCAACUCACCAUUACCUGCUGAUCCAGUGGAGCGUGUGCGACAGAUUUACUGGCAACACUGCACUUUGUUGACAUUCUUAAGGUGCCAGGGAGCAUGUGUAGCCGCCAUACAACCUGAGUACUUGAUGCCACCUGCUGACUUCCUGCUCUGGAGGCAGCUACAGAAGAGCAUCAAAUUUGAACUCUUGCGCCAGGGAAACACCAAAGAUGCUGCCAAAAUUCGAGCAGAUGAUGACAUAGAGGAGGAGAUGUUUGAGGCCAUUUCUAAAAGAACCUGGACAGACGUGCUCUUGCAGAUACUCAAAAUCCUAGUCCUGUCCAAAGUGACUCAAAAAACUUUGAAAGCGUUGACCACACCAUAUAAGGAGGUGUCCAUCCCACUGGUCAACCCUGACCCACUAGCCAGCAACAUUUACAGCGUCCCAGAGAGGAUUCUGCUGGCCUGGAUGAACCACUACUACGAGACCAAUAGAGCUUACAUCUGGCAGAGCUGUCCCAAAGGUGGAAUUCCACCAUCUCGGUGGAUUGUCAACUUUGACUAUGACCUCAUGGAUGGACUUGUCAUUGGAGCUCUCCUUGGUGCACACAUGCCAUUCUUGAUCAAAAGUCAUCUGGAAGGAAUGUACACACACCCUGAAACUGCUGAGCAAUGCUUACAUAAUGCUCUCAAAGUCAUCAAUGCCAUGAAGUUUGCUUACAUUGACUUUGACGUCCAGGCUAUAGACAUCACUGAUCCAAACCCAAUAGCGCUGCUGCUGCUUGUUGUGAGCCUGUAUCAACGUCUGCCCCAGUACAGCCCUAAAACAACAAUUGAGUUUGUUGGUGGCCUCCACAGUGUGGUCACAAGACAGGUAAAAGUGACAAACACAAGUGUCAAAAGUCUGAUUUACAACGUUAUAAUUGUCGGCAAUGAUGCUAAGGACUUCUCAGUCCAAAAAGGCAAUUUAAUUGUUGUACCAUCCAAAUCAACCCUGAGUGUCAAUGUGGAGUUUAGAAGUAGAUUUUUGAGACAUGCUGAGGCUUACCUGCUCUUGGUUGGGAGAAGACAUGGUACAGCCACAGGAAACACACUGAGUUUCAAACUUGUGACAGAAAUAGAUUACAUCAAACCCAAGUCCUGCUUAAAAACAGAGUCUCCCUGCUACGAACUAAAAAAAUUACUUAUGGAUGUUGUCAACCCAUUCCAAGAGUCUGGAGAUUUCAAGAUAGUUUUGAUUGAAUCCAAUACAAUUCUUUCUGACCUACGAGAAAUCAACUCUAGAUACAAGGAAAAGAAGUUAAAAGCAGGGUCCAAAUCUGCUUCUACUAAGAAAUUUUCAGAGCCAGUAAAUGACUUGAUACCAAUGAACAAGAUAUUAGAGCACCAAGAAGCAAAGGGACAGAAAAACUCUCAAAUCCCAAAACUCCAGGCAUUUUACACACCCAUGGCUUCUGUUCACUUUGAGGCGUUGGGAUCUUCUGAUGUGGAGAUCCAUUACCUCCCCUUCAGUGUGCAAGAGCACCAGUGCUCCAUUAUUUUUAUGAACGAGUCUAUUGGUGAGUUUGUCUACUCCAUAGAGGCCACAGCCCUGCAACCGUUGCCUUCCUACCUGCCUUAUGUACCAAGUAAAGAAAGUGCUCGCAUUAGCAGUGCAGCUGCUGCAGGAAAUGGGCGUGGCAUGUUUGGAGGAGAUGACAGCAUCAUUUACUGGAAGUGUGAUGCUGGUGUCACCCUUAAGGAAACCCUUCACAUCCCAGUCAGCAACAUCUCUAAGGAGAGAGCACUCAUUCAAGCCUCCCAGCAGUCCAUGAGCGACCUAGAGAUGCAGCGGCGUCAAGUGGCAGGAACUUUGAUGAGCUGCAGUAUGACAUCUAAAACUAUCAAAAACUUGUCGAACAACCCAGUGGCUGCCAUCUCUAUUGCUAAGGCCAUUGGUCCUGUAGCAGACGUCUACAGAGUGGAGAUUGAUUCCGAGUAUUUCAAGGUGCCAGACUUGCUGGUCAUGCCUAGCUCACAGAGUAGCAGGUCAAAAUGUCUGCCCAAAGAAAGCGGUGGUGAUGGCAAUGAAGAUUUUGCUGGCCUAACUGUGGAGUUUAAAGCCAAAGAACCUGGCCACUACCCAGCUACCAUCACUUUAAGAGCCAUUGAUGACAUACGAGUGUACAAGAUUGAAUGUAUUGUUAACCAAGAGGGCAGCACAGCAGAACUGGAAUUCAAUGCCCCACUACAUCAGACUGUGACCCAGAAUAUUCCAGUUGUGAACCAGACAAGUGACGAUUGGGAACUAAACGCAGAAAUUUUUGGAGAUUGUUUCAGUGGUCCCCCAAUAUUAAAGGCCAAAGCUUUUGAAAUCACUGAUUACCCCUUGACCUUUAAACCUAUGAAAGAGGAAGAGAUUAUUGGGAAACUACUCUUAAAGAAUCAAGAAAAUAACACAGAACAGGCCUAUACUUUAAUUGGCAUUGGUCUAAGGCCAUUAGCUUUAGACAACAUCAAACUCAUCUGUGGAGCCAAGGCUAGUAUCACACACUCUGUCACUGUGCCCAAUGUGACCAAAAAGAAACUUGUUUAUAGGGUGGAGUCUGAUCUAUCUUUUAUCUCUGGUGACCCAACAAUCACUGUGUUACCCAACCAGACCGGUCUGUACAGAUUUACUGUCACGCCCACCAAACGGGGCAGUGUCAAGGGAGUGCUUGCCUUUAUUGCCAAAGAUUCUAGUUCUACAGAGAUUGACAGUGAUGGUGAGGAAUACCAAAAGGAUGAAGAUGCCACAGACUAUGUUGGCUAUAGAAUGUGGUAUGCACUUGAAAUAGACAUCAAGCCUGCACUGCCUGAAAAAGUUAUGACAGUUGUUUGCCCUUGCCAGAAAAAGUUUGCUGUGGAAGUUAUUGUCCGUAAUCCAACACCAAAAGAACUGAGUUUUGGCGUGACCAUCAAGGGAAGUGAUUUGAGUGGACCCUUGUCCAUCACACUGCCACCUGGUGAAAAGGAUGUUUACACACUAACAUACUCUCCAUCCGCUGUAGGGGAGACUCGAGGAAGCCUAAUAUUUUUCAACAAAUCUGUUGGAGAGUUCUGGUAUGAUCUGAUUCUUAAAGCUGAGCCACCAGUACCUACAACACUCCCACACAUGGAAUGUGAACUUGGAAAAUGGACCUAUCAGACAAUAACUUUAAAGAAUCCAACCAAUGAGGUUUUAGAGCUAACACCAGUUAUCACAAAUACAAACAACUAUACUCUGGAGAGGGAGGUAGAUAAAGCCAUCAUCAUUAAAGGUAAAGGAAAAACUGAAGUCACUCUCCGCUUCAUGCCCACAUCUCUAGGGGACACAGAACAUCUUGGGAAGAUCAUAUUCAGAAGUGACAGGUAUGGAGAUUGGGUGUUUAUUGCCUCUGGAACUGGUCUGUUGCCUAGACCACACCCACCUAUCAAUGCCAUUAGCGCUGUAUUCUCAAACACAACAAUCAUCAUUCCAUUUAGGAACCCAACAGACGUUCCUAUUUUGGCAGAUAUUCUGUUCACAGAUUCUGACGUGAGCACAGAGAAGACAUUAGAGAGAAUACAAAAGCCAAGCUCAGCGUUUAAACUUUUAUUGAAACACACCUCCAACAUCCAUGUUGGGGCCAAGUCAACCCUAGAGAUUCCUGUAUACUUUGCUCCAACUGAACUAGUUAACUAUAAAGGUUUCUGUACUGUAGUGGUGCGCAGGGAAGACGGUCAACAGUGGCCAUACGUACCGCAAGAUUCUUAUGGGCAUAAGCUGUCCACAGAAAGCACAGGGCUCAAUAAAAUUCGAUGGCUGUACCCAAUUGUUGGUAUUGCCGAAAGUUCACAAAACAAAGACAGCCAUUCAGCUCAGAUAAUGAGCCAGGCCAGGGACCAGGUUGAACAGAGGCUGGAAGUGACACUGUCAGGGGUGUCGCCUGGUAGCACGUCUGGCCCCGUACUGACCCUGAGAGCCAAGACACCCAAGGACAAAAAACCUCAGAUCCCAUCUGGUGUGGUAGUAGGCAAUACCAUGGCCACAGCCGAAGAGUUCAGUUAUGAGCUUAUAUAUCCUAACAAAGAAGCAAGAGAUGCCUUGACAGGGGCUGUCAAACUGGAAUUUACCAGGCAUUACAGAGAUCCAAGCACUGGGCUUGUUGUUCUUAUUUUUAACAUGAGGUUCCUCCCCACCAGGAUAAUGGAUUACCAAGUGGAGCUUCACAUCAAGGCAGCAACAGGAGGUUUGUGGAGGUUCCCACUCAGGUUUACAGCCACUGAUCCACCUGUUGAUGACAACAUUUUAAUCAAAGCUACAGGACUGAGCAAACUCUCCAGUGUUGGCUUCAGACUGACAUCACAACAAAAAAACCCUGCUCCAUUUAGAGCAUAUUUUGAGAAUGGAAGUGACCCAGAGUUUACUGUACAUCCAGAAUCAGGGGAGUUAAUGCCAGUUAACACUGGAGGAACGCUUUUGGUGAUUGACUUCCUGCCUCAGCUUUAUGGCAAACUUUAUCAUGCCAAACUGAUUGUCCAGACUGAGGACAUGCAGUGGAGCUAUAACAUCAAAGGAGACUUGCCAGAGUACCACCCCCCUCGGGGGAUCUCUGCCCCACCCAUAGCUGGACCUCAUGCUGUCAUUAAGAAGCAACGAGCCAAGAAAAACUACAUUCGAGAAAAUUUGAAACUUAUCGCAACAGCCGUGUCCUCACCCAUUAAAGGUGCAUCUUUAAUAAAGGCUGACUAUGCACAUAUGGCACAACAUAAAUCAAUGGAAGUGGAUACAUAAAUACCUUCUUUUUUUUACAAAUGUGUGUUAAAUAUUUAUUUUAUCAUUUAAUAUGGCACAGAAGUCUCUUUUUUUUUAAAAUUAGUAAGCCUAAAAUAUUUUCAUUUACUAAAACUAUUGAUAACCCUUUCAUCUUUUUAACAUUUUUGUUAGCCAUGAGAUUUCAUUCAUGAAUAAUACCAAUAGUUCAUAAAUCAUGUGGACUUACAGUUGUGUAACGACUAUUUUUAAAACAUUUUACAUUAAGACUGCUGAUUUAUAUUGACUUUUAUACAACCAGUAUUGGUAGUUUCUAAUAAAAAAGCAUUAUAUCUAUUUUAUAGAAAUCAUACAUUAUAACAAUUAUUUAUGUGUUGUAUUUUAAAAACAUGUAUACAGUUUGUUUUACUGAAUUUUCCAUUACUCAUCUGCAGUAUUUGUGAACAUACAUUAUUUUACUAUAUACAAUAUAUUUUACAAUUCUAAUAUUUCCUGCACUACUGUGAUAAAUUGUACCUGUCCAAGAGUCAAACUCAGUGGUAUUGGCUCUUUGAUGAGCAAAUGUGAUGUUUAAUAUCUUUAGAUACCGCUCAAGUGUGAAUUGAGCUUGAAUUAUUUUCACAACAGUCCAGCAACUUUCUAAACCUUACUUGAAACACAGUGCUAUCAAGUAUUUCAAUUUAGAAAUUUCAUUCUGAAAAUAUUGUUAAAAGUUUUGGUCAAGAUGUUUUAAAAUUUAGAUGUUUUAAAUAGCGAGUACUGCAGUUGCCAGAUAUUUUUUAAAUGUUAAAUUAUUUUAAUUUUCAAGUCACUUAAUUAAGUUUUGUUUUUUAAACUUAUUUACUUGAAAUUAUCAAGUAAAGAAUUGAGUUUUUAAGCUAUGAUUUCAAACAAAUAUUAUAGGCUGUAUACUACUGUUUUGUUAUGUAAAUUUAAGUAUGAAUUUAAAUGAUUGUAAAUAACUCAUACUAAUAUGCUCUAAAAUUAAUUUUUGGUGCAUUUUAAAUUUUUUGUUACAUAUAUUUACUGUGAUGAAUCAUUCCAUUAAAAGACUGUUUGCUAGUGGAAAUAAUGAAAUAAAAAUAUUUAUUUUUAAAUUGUCUGUUGCUUUUUACAGACAGCCACAACCAUAAUUGUAUAAAUAUUCAAGUCAUUAAUUUUUAGAAAUGUAAUUGAAUGUUAACAAUUUUUAAGUUUAGAUCACUUUAGCUGUAAACAUCAAAGUAAAUGGGGGGAACAAAAUCCUCCACAAAGCAUUUUGUGAAACUAACUUCAAAUACAAUAGCAGAACAUUGUGGUUUAAAAGAUGAAAUUUAGAAAUAAAUGUUAUAGAUUCAAAUGCUAGUGAUGUAAAAUGUUAAAAGUGCUUGGGAUAUUGAAUGCAAACUAGUUUUCUAGAUGUCAAAGUACAGUGCUGGAGAUUGGUCUACUAUAUGAAGAGUGUGACUUGACUUUUGAUGAAAACUGACCAACACUGACUUAAACUUUUAACGAACAAACUAAAACUGGUAAAAAUCAUGUACAAAGAUUUUUAAAAAAU